AUGGCGACAGGAUGGAGUGGACAGGGGUAUGUUCUAACUUUGAUCGUUUUUCUCUGGGGUGCAGUGGCCGGACGAAUGGAGACAGUUGUCGGGGGGAUCAGCGCCAGCCGGAUCUUGGGCAUGCGGCUGGAGAGGAGCGACAAACCAGCCACGACCACUGAUGACGGGGUCAUCCAGGUAACGGAGGAGAGCAGCGUCCAGCUCAGGUUUUAUGGGGUGCAUAUGAACUCUGGCACCUGGUCACAGAUCAGGUUCACGGAGCACGGGGACAGCGGGGAGGAGGGCAACAGUAAUGACAAUGUUAACAGGACUUGUGCCGAUUUUACCAAAGACAUCAGCAUCAGCAAUUACAUGAACGUCAGUAAGCAGGGCACAUCGGGGGUGCUCGGAAUUAACAUUAAGCCACUCCGCAAGAGCGAGCCGCAGAAGGAGUAUGGUCUGUGCGUCAAGAGUAACCCCGAAGGAAGGUGGCACUUGCUGGGGGACAGCGAUGGCAGGAUGCUGGUGGUGGAGGAGAAGAAGUCGCUGCUGCCGAUAUGGUUUCAGGGCAUCCUAAUUUGCUGCCUGCUGAUGCUGUCCGGCAUGUUUAGUGGGCUCAACCUGGGGCUGAUGGCCCUGGACCCCAUGGAGCUUCGCAUAGUCCAAAGUUGUGGUACUGACAAAGAGAAGCGUUACGCUCGCAAAAUAGAGCCAAUUCGCAGCAAAGGGAACUACCUGCUCUGUUCGCUACUGUUAGGGAAUGUUUUGGUCAACACCACGCUCACAAUCCUUCUGGACGACCUGAUCGGCUCUGGCCUGGGGGCAGUGGUCGCUUCCACGGUUGGCAUUGUCAUUUUUGGUGAGAUCGUGCCCCAGGCACUGUGCUCUCGCCACGGUUUGGCCGUUGGGGCAAACACCAUUCUUUUGACGAAGUUCUUCAUGGUUUUAACCUUUCCGUUGUCCUUCCCGGUCAGCAAGCUGCUGGACUGCGUGCUUGGCCAGGAGAUUGGCACCGUGUACAACCGGGAGAAGCUCGUAGAGAUGUUGAAAGUGACAGAGCCCUACAAUGAUUUGGUAAAAGAGGAGCUGAACAUUAUCCAGGGCGCACUGGAGCUCCGAACCAAGACCGUGGAAGACGUGAUGACACCGCUGAGUAACUGCUUUAUGAUCCAUAUCGACGCGAUUCUGGACUUCAACACCAUGUCAGAGAUCAUGCAAAGCGGCUACACGCGCAUCCCGGUCUACGACGAGGAACGGUCGAACAUUGUUGACAUUCUCUAUGUCAAAGAUUUGGCUUUCGUGGACCCGGACGACUGCACAACGCUUAAAACCAUCACCAAGUUCUACAACCACCCGGUCCACUUCGUCUUCCACGAUACCAAACUCGACGCUAUGCUAGAGGAGUUCAAGAAAGGUAAGUCCCACCUGGCCAUAGUGCAGAAGGUGAACAGUGAGGGGGAGGGCGAUCCCUUCUAUGAGGUGCUGGGUCUGGUCACACUAGAGGACGUCAUAGAGGAGAUCAUCAAGUCUGAGAUCCUGGAUGAGUCCGACCUCUACACUGAUAAUCGCAACAGAACAAAAGUGGCCUAUAACAAAAAUAAACCCGAUUUUUCUGCGUUCAAACAAGAGACUGAAUCCAAUGUGAAGAUUUCACCUCAGCUAAUGCUAGCUGCCCACCGCUUCCUGGCAACAGAGGUGAGCCUGUUCAGCCCGCUCCAGAUCACUGAGAAGGUGCUUCUGAGGAUCCUGAGACACCCGCACGUCAUCCAGGAGAUCAAAUUCAGCGACAGCAGCAAGCACUCCCCCCAGCACUACAUCUACCAGCGCGGCAAGGCCGUGGACUACUUCAUCCUGAUCCUGCAGGGCCGGGUUGAGGUGGAGGCAGGAAACGAGAACAUGAAGUUCGAGACAGGACCUUUCUCAUACUACGGUGUCAUGGCUUUGAGCUCCCCCCCCCUGGAGUUUCGCUCUCCGUCCCACGUCAGCGGACUGAACCGCUCGGCCUCUCUGAGCUGCACAGAGCGUGCCGAGUCUCUCUCCAUCAGCGGCAGCAACACCCAGCUCAGCAGCGCCUCCUCUCCGCACUACACCCCCGACUUCAGCGUGCGCGCGCUCACAGACCUGCAGUUCGUCAAGAUCACACGCUCGCAGUACCAGAAUGGGCUGAUGGCGUCGCGGCUGGACAGCACCCCACAGUCCCCCGAAACGGAGCACAGGAGGCUGGGGGGGCCCACGCCCCCCCCCACCCAGCCUGGCGAGGCCACGGAGAACGGGCCGGAUGAGACCACCUCCCUGCUGACCGAGCAGAACUGCAUGCUGCCCUCCCGCCCCAACCACACCCAUAUGCUGACCCAGCUCCACAGCCAUGCCCACACCGAGAGCACCAUCUGA